GACACAAAGAGAACUGCCCUGCCGACACACAAAACAGGCGAGACCUAUCGCCAACAACGCAGGGGUUGUUUUCGCUGUCAUUACGGAAUCAUGCCAGGGCUGCCCGGGGGAAGAAUGAGUUUUUUUAACCGAUAUUCCGUUUUAAAGUAAUCCGGAAGCUACAUGGAGAUGUUCAGCAAGUUGACCAGCCUCUUCCAGCAGGCGCUGGAGACGAGGGAGCCUUCAGUGGACUUAAAGGAGUCGUUUGUGGAACACUGGAAAGGAAUCACAAAUUACUACAUCCAGACCACUGAUGAAGAGCGUCCAGCCAGACAGACUGACAUUCCCUGGCGUCUGAAGCAGAUGCUGGACAUCUUGGUCUACGAGGAGGGACAGCAGGUGGUGGAGGAGACCGGGCCAUGUCUGGAGUAUCUGCUGCAACACAAACUGCUGGAGACGCUGUGCACUCUGGGAAAAGCCCAGUAUCCUCCUGGUAUGUUGCAGCAGGUCUUGUUGUUUGCAUCCAGUUUGUUGAUGCAGAUCAAGAAACCACUGCUUCAGAUGCUUCAUAUAUACAGGCCCAUCCAGAAGCUGAUUGGGCUCUGUGCACUUCCUGGUUCACAGUCAGAAAAGGAGGAAGCACAGUUCCUAUUGGCCGUGUGCUCCCAGGUCAAACAGGACCCAUACCUUCUCAACUAUGUCCUAAAGAUUCCUAUCAUUUCAAAAUCCAAGAUGACGGAAUCUACCUCAAAUCAAUCGGGGAACAGAAAUGGCCCAGACACUAAGAACGAUACUGAUGACCCAACAUCCCCAAGCCCUCCCUGUAACCUAUCAGAGUCCACCACCUCAAUCCACAGCCAAUCGGGGUGCAGCGCCUCCAGCUUUGACCAAUCAGGUUGUGCCAGCCCUCAGGCCGAGGCUCCUGAUCUGGUGUUUGCCCUGGUCCAUCUCACGCAGAGCCAGCGCGGCCGGGUACGACAGAAGGCCCAUGAAGGCCUGCUGCUGUUGGUGGGCCUGCAGUCCGAAGGCUCCGGGGAGACUCUGGCUCAGCGCACCCAGCUAGUAGCUCUCCUCGCUGGGAAGCUGGUCCAGCUCUACUCCCUGGUCCCCACAGAAGAGCUGGACCCACAAGAUAUACUCAACAUGCCUCCGAUUGCCUGGAGCAGCCAGUUCUCUAAAGCUAGUCCCGAUGACGGCCUACUAUGUCCAGGCCUCGACCACGUCACGCUCUUCUUCUGUUGGCUGGACUUCCUGGAUCACAUGAUGACUGAAGCCCCCCAGGUACUAGCAGAGCGACUGUCUGGGUGUGUCCACAGCCUCUGGCUGAGUGAAGUCAUGCUGCCUCAGCUCAUGUCUACGGGUGAGUCAGCGGUCCUCCUCAGCACGGUGGUUCUCUGCAGAGUGGUCCAGGCGGUCCGGUCUACUGCCCUUCUGGACCGGCUGGUCAUGUUUCUCCUGGGGAGCCAAUCACAGCCAGAGGAACCGGCGGAAUCUCAGGACCCCCACGUCCUCCGGGGCCGCCUCAUUCAACAGUGUGACCACAUCUCUGAGGAGAUCAGCAUGGCCUCCCUGCGUCUCUUCGAGGAGUUGCUACGGAAGCCCCACGGGGCCAUUCUGCACAACCUGGUGCUGAGGCACCUGGAGCCACGGCGGUACCUCACCCUGACCCCCGCCCCCCUGGACGACCGCCACACGGACAGCGGAGAGGACCACGAAGACCUGGAGGAGGACCCCUGGUUCCCAGACUCCCUGUACUCUGAUGGACAGACCCUCCCCUCGCCCUCCUCAGCCUCGUCUGGAGCCUUGCUCAACAGCCACGUCCACUCCACUGACGUCAUCAACAGUUUCCUCUGUCUGGUCCCACAGGAAGUGAAGUCAUCCCAGCUGGUUCAGGAGGGAGGCUAUGAUUCAUAUGUCCUGGAGGCACGCUCUCUGUGUGAGGCGUGCGGCCCUCUCACUCAGCAGGACUGGGUCGAGGAACUUCCUCCUCCUUCCUCUUCCUCAGUGGUGGCGGGGACAGUCUUCUAUGAAGGACUCUUCCUCCAGGUCCUGUUCGACCGCCUGGGACGUCUCUUGGAGCAGCCCUACGAUCUGAACCUCCAGCUCACCUCGGUGGUGUCCCGGCUGGCGGCGUUUCGACACCCGGUGAUCACAGAGUUCAUGCUGGACCCGUACAUCACGCUCACCCCGGGAGCACGCACCCUCUUCACGGUCCUCAUCAGGGUGAUCGGAGAGUUGAUGCAGAGGGUCCAGGCGGUCCCCGACGUAUCAGACAGGCUGAUCCGGAUGAGGAGAAAGCUCCUUGAAUUGGACCAACACAGCCAGGAGGAGCACCAGACGCUGCUCAGAGGGAUCAUCCUCCUGGAGGAGUUCUGUAAGGAGCUAGCCGCGAUAGCCUUCGUUAAGCUAACCCUGGACCACGACUGACUCCGCCCGCCUCUCCCCUGGGCUCCCGUUGACCUUCAGUGGACCUGUCCGGCCUCAUCCUCUCUGAGGCGUCAGAGACCUGGACUGUGGGUCUCCAUGGAUCUGUACUCUGAACCUUUCCCGAGGAGCUGAGCGACCAUGGACGUAUUCCUCAGUAUUUUAUUUACAAGCCAAAUAGUCUUAUUUCUGCUGACUUUCAGAGGAGCUGUUCUCUCGGAGCGGUGCUCAAGUGCUCAAAGCUUUCAACACUGGACAUCGGUUCUUGUGGGUAUUUACGGAACGUGUUCCACGAGCACGACACUCUUUGUGUUGUGAGUCGACCGACAGCUGAGCUGAUGUAGAACGGUGCAACCAAUGGCAUCGCAGCACUGGGGUUGAUGUGGUGUGACACCAGCGUGUGUGGCUGCUGAUCAGUGAAGUCUGUCGGGAAGAUUGCAACGGUGACAUCACCCCUCGACAGCCAAUCACGCUUCUGUGUUAACUUCUGUCCGUCCCCCUUUGCUUCCUGAUUGGCCCCCAAGCGGCCAAUGAGCCUUACGAGAGCGGUACGUGCAAAUUGUGUGGACAUAUUUACGUAUUCUUUCUUUUUUUAUAUUUUAAGCAUGAGGGUUCCUUCCUAUUCUGUACACUUUCAACUCCUUGAUGGAAACACCCUGUUAAAUGAAAAAGAAAGGGCUGUGAUUACAUUGUUGUGGGCCAUUAAUUUAUUUUUUUUACUAUUUUAUCGUUUGAAAAUAGCAGACUUUUAUUUUCUUUAGCUGGAGACAAUCUACAACGAGAGUCUGUCUUGCUAGUGUCCUGCAAUCGAAUCCAGACGGCCUCCCACUGUCUUUCCUGUCUAACUAAUGAUCAAUGUUACGCUUAUCCCUUUAAUGGCAUCAGUCUAGUUGAGGUUGCACAUCGUGUCUGAAGUUGCGCAUUACUGCGGGACAGCACAUUCAUUAUCUGCUAAAUGCUGCAUAUUUUACACAAAUAUUUAUAUUUAAAACUAUGGUGUGUAUGUAUUCUGAAAAUAUUACUGUGACUCUUAUGCGUUUGUUUGCUUCUUUACUAUUUUUGAUUUCUGAUUUGGAAAAAAAGUCAACUGAUGCGAUCAUGACAUUGGAAAUGGAUUAAAGUUUUGAAUGUGAA